AUGUCCUGCGAUUUGGCACGUCUAAAGUCAGCGUCUGCACUACGCGACUGGGAGGAAAGUCGUGCAAAGAACUUUUCAGCUUGGUGCAAAGCUGCUCGGCGGUUGCUAGACAAUCUGCAAGCUUCAGUACAACUAGGUGCCUCCCAGCAUGCACAGCUACAACUUUUGCUCUCGCAACGCAGUGCUGCUGACAAGGCCUAUGCACAGGCGUUGGUCCGGAUGCCAGAGCAGGAGGGAGACGUUGCAUCAGAAAGGAAUUUCCACCUCCAGCCCUGGGCAUACAGAUUGCGCUUCACCUGCCAAUGCAGCCCUUUGAGCGGCCGCGGAGCACCGCCGAGGACUUACACUUGCGCGAGCGGCUAA